AUGGAACGUGCCAACUCACUCGAAGAGAGCGCUACUAACAUUAGCAGGGUGAACGCCAAGGGAGAGUUCGUCUACAUCAAGUACCACUUCCUCGCGGACCACGGCCAGAAGCAGUUCACUGCCGACGAAUCCCUGAAGUACGGAGGCGAAGACCCCGACUACUCGAAGCGCGAGCUUUGGCGAAAAAUUGAACACGGAGAACAACUUACCUGGACUGCCCACAUUCAAAUCAUGCAGCCCGAAGAGGCAGACCCGGCGAAGCUCGGAUUCGACCCGUUCGACGUGACGAAAGUCUGGCCCAAGAAACAGUUUCCACUACAAGAGUUUGGCAAGUUGGUCCUAAACAAGAACCCUGAGAACUUCCACCGCGACGUCGAGCAGGCAGCCUUCUCUCCUGGAAGCAUGGUCCCCGGCAUCGAAGACAGCCCCGACCCCCUUCUACAAUUCCGCAUGUUCUUCUACCGCGAUGCGCAGUACCACCGCAUCGGGAUCAACCUGCACCAAGUUCCGGUGAAUUGCCCCUUCAUGGCCUCCUCGUAUUCCUCCCUAAACUUUGAUGGCCAAAUGCGCGUCGACGCAAAUCACGCCAUGAACCCCCAAUACGCGCCCAACAGCUUCACAAACAAAUUCCGUCCGGACACCGCCGAAGCCCCUUAUCAACUCGCCGACAGUCUCGUUGGCCGCAAAUCGCACUUCUUCCACGAGGGCAAGGACUCUGAGUAUGAUCAGGCCCGGAACUUGUACAUGGACGUCAUGGACGCGCGGGCGCGCCAGCAUCUGCACGCGAAUACUGUGCGGCUUUUGAAGUUGGUCGAGUAUCCUGAGAUCCAGGUGAAGUAUCUCGUGCAGGCUUUCCGCAUUGCGCCGGAGUACGCGAAGGGGAUCUAUAAUCUGCUUCCUGAGAAGAAAUUCGCGUUUGAGGAGGUGCAGGGAAGGGCUGGAGAGGAGGCGGAGAAGUGGGGGAAGGAAGCGAAAUUCCGGCCUAGUGCUGCGACCGAUAAGUUGGUGGGGAUGUGUCCUGCUAUGCCAGUCUAUAAUGCGUGA